AUGGCAGCGACAUGUUUUGUUCAUCCUAUGGAUGUAAUAAAGAAUCGAAUUCAAAUACAAAGAGAAAAAAUUUCGGUCGGCAAAGUUAUCACCUCCAUAUAUAAAGAUGAGGGCAUUCUCAAAUUUUAUUCUGGACUUAGUGCUGGUCUUGUACGACAGGCAACCUAUACCACUGUAAGGCUUGGUAUAUACAAUCAACUACAAGAAUACUGGAAGCAGAAUUACGUGGGCAAACCUAAUUUUGGUGUACUAUCACUGAUGGCAGCUACAGCAGGAUCUAUAGGAGCUUUUGUUGGUACACCAGCGGAAGUAGCCCUUGUAAGAAUGACAGCUGAUGGCAGAUUACCACCAGAGCAACGGAGGAAUUACAAAAACGUGUUCAACGCAUUUACAAGGAUAUCUCGAGAAGAAGGAGUCACCACUCUUUGGAGGGGAAGUGUAGCAACGAUGGGACGAGCGGUGGUUGUUAAUGUGUCACAACUUGCAACUUAUAGUCAAGCCAAAUUUUUAAUAUCUUCAAAAAUGCGUAUACCGGAAGGUAUUGGUCUACACUUCUCUGCAUCAAUGUUAUCUGGAUUCCUCACUACCUUCAAUUCUAUGCCAUUCGAUGUAACUAAAACAAGAAUACAAAAUUUAAAAGACGUAGGAAAACCACCUGGUAUGAUCAUAAUGUUAAUGUCGAUAGCAAGAUCUGAAGGUAUAAAGGCACUCUGGAAAGGUUUCUGGCCUACGUAUUGUAGAGUAGGCCCACAUACGGUACUAACGCUUCUAAUUAAUGAACAAAUCGUCAAACUAUACAGACUAUACGCGACAUAAGUGUAUA